GCAAAGUUCUGUCUCUGUCUUGCAGGGUUUACUUCGAAUGAUAUGUAACACAGAAAGGAAAAACUCAGCAGCAACAGGCUUGAAAAAAGUGUGUGUUUCUGAGUCUGGAUACAUGUAGGAUGUGGUGAAGAGGAAAGUGAGGAUAGAGGCUAUUUUCUCCCAGCUGUGCUCUCACCCACCCGCGUUCUGUGAAGCGUCGAACACAAGGAGGCAGGAAGGAAAAGUGGGAGAGGGUCCCGAGGACGACCUUCUGUCACCUGCGGCACCGGAAGACGGGCCGGAAGGGGCGAGUGGCUAACAGAAAGAGGGAGAAACGGGGACUGACGGAGGAGCAAAGGUUUGGAGGAGGAGGAGGAGGUCAAGGAGGCGUGGGAAAGUCCAUUCCCCAUGGCUACUGACCCAGGAGAGCCCACCGGCACUGAGGACUCCUCGGAGAAGCCUGAUGGACGGAGGGAGGAGGACGCCGAGCGGGAGGGCGGGGAGGACCCACACAGGGAGAGGACCAACAACAACCCCUCCGCCUUCCCCCCCUCCAACACUCGGGAGAGGAAAGCAACGGGCGGAGAGGAUGGAAGAAUCCAAGGAGGAGGAGGAGGAGGAGGAGGAGAACCCAGGCAGGAGGGUGGGGAGAACCCGGCCAGGCCGAUUUCCUUCUCCACGCCCUCCAUACCGGUUGAAACUGUCCAGAAACGACUGAGGAGGGAGAAGCGCUUCUUCAGGAAGAGCGUGGAGGUCUGUGAGGAGGACGAUGAGGUGGAGGUGACCGCGGAAGCGACCCACAGCGCCCCUCACCUGGAGCUGCGCUCCUCGGACUCGGUCUUCGUCAGCGGGGCCCAGCAGCAAGGGGCUGCUUCACUCUCUGCCGCCACGGGCCAUGACCCGUCCGUCACCGCCUCCCACCAGGAGCCGGGCAAGGAGGUACCUUCCGCCACACCCACCCAGCGGGGGAAGGAGAGGGAUCGUGAGCAGGAAGAGGAGGCGGAGAUGAAGGCCGUGGCAACUUCCCCUGGAGGCCGCUUCCUCAAGUUUGACAUUGAGCUGGGCCGAGGAGCCUUCAAGACUGUGUACAAAGGCCUGGACACGGAGACCUGGGUGGAGGUGGCUUGGUGUGAACUUCAGGACCGCAAGCUGACCAAGGCGGAGCAGCAGCGCUUCAAGGAGGAGGCCGAGAUGCUGAAGGGGCUGCAGCACCCAAACAUCGUUCGCUUCUACGAUUCCUGGGAGUCCGUGCUCCGUGGCAAGAAGUGCAUCGUACUGGUCACUGAACUCAUGACGUCAGGAACACUCAAAACUUACCUGAAGCGCUUUAAGGUGAUGAAGCCCAAGGUUCUGAGGAGCUGGUGUCGGCAAAUCCUGAAGGGCCUUCACUUCCUUCACACCAGGACCCCUCCAAUAGUCCACCGGGACCUCAAGUGUGACAACAUCUUCAUAACCGGCCCCACAGGCUCCGUCAAGAUAGGGGACCUGGGACUGGCCACUCUUAUGCGAACCUCCUUUGCCAAGAGUGUCAUUGGAACCCCAGAGUUCAUGGCUCCAGAGAUGUAUGAGGAGCACUACGAUGAGUCUGUGGAUGUCUACGCCUUCGGGAUGUGCAUGCUGGAGAUGGCCACUUCAGAGUACCCCUACUCCGAGUGCCAAAAUCCUGCUCAGAUCUAUCGCAAAGUCACAAGCGGUAUAAAGCCAGCCAGCUUUGAUAAAGUGAAUGACCCAGAAAUCAAGGAGAUCAUCGAAUGUUGCAUUCGUCAGAACAAGAGUCAGAGACUCUCCAUCCGAGACCUACUGAACCACGCAUUCUUUGGGGAGGACACAGGGGUCCGGGUGGAGUUGGCGGAGGAGGACACAGGCACCCAGGAAAGUCUGGCUCUCCGGAUUUGGGUUGAUGAGCCCAAGAAGCUAAAGGGGAAGCACAAAGACAACGAGGCCAUCGAGUUUAGCUACGACCUGGAGAAUGAUAGCGCCGAGGAAGUGGCUCUAGAGAUGGUGAAGUCGGGAUUCUUCCAUGAGAGUGAUGCUAAGGUGGUGGGAAAAUCCAUCCGAGACCGCGUUAAUCUUAUCAAAAAGUCGCGGGAGCGUCGACAGCAGCAGCUCUUCCAGCAGCAGCAAGGCUUCGAAGAAAAAAGAGACCCCGCUCUCACCUCCAACACCCUUUCUCAUCCAUCCUGUCCAUCCUCACUGGCGCCAGGGGCAGCUGGACAGGGAGGAGGAGGUGGAGGAGGAGGAGGAGGAGGAGGAGGAGGAGGGCAGGGGGCUGAGGAGCUGCCUGAAGUGGACCAGCAAGUCAGGCAGCAACAUAUUUUUAGUGGGACAAACCUUGGUCUGCCAGGUGAGAGCAUCGGGACCGCCAACUGUGAAUCUUAUGCAAGUGGACAGAGCCAGGCGUACUUGCAACAAGGGGAGUCCUACACAAACUCCCAGAAUAUUCUCCCAACUACGGCCUCUACUACUGGUGCAUUGGUUCAUCCUCAAAUGCUCCCAGUUGUGGAGAGUGUGAGUGUUCCAAAUGUGCCCAUCGGUCAGAGCGUUAGUAUGUCCAGCAUGCCCGGGGGCCAAAGCGGAGGGGGACCCGUUGCUCAGACUUAUCUUCAGCCCAGUACCAUGGUUCCACAGGUAUCACAAAGUGUCCCUCAACACGUGUUUCAGUCACAAACAUUCCCAUCAGAUACGUUUCAAACUGCGACCCCCCAUGGGUCAUUGGCCCCCUCACAUUCAUACAUACCUCCCGUUUCCCCACAAGCGCCCACUAAUGUUCUCACUACGUCCAUAUCAGCCAAUGAUCCUGCUGGACUAGGGGGGCCAAAUGUGCCUCUCGCUCAGCAGACCCAACCCCCUGCCACUCCCAUGCAGCUCAGUGACAUCAUUCCCCAGGCAGCCCCCCAGCAAACACAGCCUGUCAUGAUCCCUCAGCGGACUAUUGUCCAUCAACAACAGAUAGGAAUGGAUCCCCAGACCACCGGCCUUCAGCAAAUGGAGGCCCAGGCCACUCUGCCCCAACAACAAGUUAUCGCGAGUCAGCCGGCGACGGAACAUCACCCACAGAGCCUUUCAGCUACGGCUGUCCAGAACCAUCAACAUGAGCCUCAGCAGCAGAUCUACGUACCGAGGCCCGUUCCACCUGUCCACACAAGUCUUCAGCAGCAGGUAUCACCUAUACACGCAGGGAUGGAGCAGCCAUGUCGAGCCAUGUCAAUGCCAAAGGAAGGGGAGCAGUGUCAGACCUACAAACAACAACCGACCGGCGGUCCUCGUGAACAGACCAUGAUACAACCGCAAGUCCAACAACAACAGAUUCAGCAAGCUCUGUUACAACAGCAACAAGCUUUCCUGCUCGAGCAACAUCAGAAAGUACUACUUCAACAGCAGCAACAACAGGCCCAAUUACAACAACAACAACAACUGGAGCAGCAGCAAGCCCUUUUAAACAAGAAAUUCAUGGAUCAACAACAGCAGCAGGCUCUUAUACAGCAGCAACAAGAGAAGCAGCAGCAGCAGCAGCAACAGCAAGGUCUUCUACAACAACAACAACCUCAACAAGCACUUUUACAGCAUCUGUUAGAGCAGCAACAACAGCAGCCUUCUUCACAGCAAAAGCAGCAGAAUCAGUUGUAUCAACAACUUGGACAGAACCACAGUGGAAUACAAAUGGAACCAGAUAAACAACAGAAAAGUGGACAACAGCAGCAACAAAUUGUGUUACAGCAACAAGCCCAACAGUCUCAACAGCAAGCAGAACAAUUGCAUCAGCAAGUCUUGCUCCGACAAAGGGAACAACAACAGCAACAAGCACUAAUACAACAACAUCUUCAACAGCAAGCUAUUUUACAACAGCAUCAACUACAACAGAAAGCUCAGCUACAGCAGCAGCAACAUGAGCAGCAACAAGUGCAACUCAAACAGCAGAUAGAGCAGCAACAGCACGCUCUGUUGCAACAACAGUUUGAGCAACAGCGUCAGCAACAAGUGCUGUUACAACAUCAGCAAGCAGAAAGGUUACAGCAACAGGCUCUGAUACAGCAACAGAUGCAAGAGCAACAGCAACAAGCCGCCAUUGCGCUACUUCAGCAAACUGAGAAGCAAGAGCCUGUCCCUAUUCCACAAAGUAACAGUAAGCAGCAGAUUCAGCAGCAACCAACUGAUGUGCAGCACGCGAGCAUCCCAAAACUAAACGCCUCUCAGUUUGCACCUCAUACCGCUCUGACACAGCAGCAAGUAAUGGAGCAACAUCAGCAAGCAGCGUUGAUCCAGCAGCAAGCAUUUGUUGCGCCGCCGCUGCAUCACACCACCGUAAUGGAACCUCAGUUGCAGGCCAGCAUUGAGGUGAGUCCGCAGCAAACUCAAAUGCCCACACAGGCCCCAGUCCCCAUGGCUAUUCAGACGACGCACAUCCCUCUUCAGACAGCUGCUGUGGUCUCAGCUCAGGUCCUUACCCAGCAAGGACCAAGUGAGGCUCAUCCCCACAACCAGGUCCCACUCCAGUUAAUAGCCCAGUCCACAGUCCAAUCAGCUCAGGCUGUGAUUGAGGCACAAGGAUCUCCUCCUACGGCAGUGAUCCAGCAACAGACCCGCAUCAUCCAGACCCAGCAAAUUCCUCUACAGACCAGUUACCCAGGACCUGCCGCACUCACGCAGAGGCAGGUAACUGCUCAGCCGUUACCUGCCUCUGCGACUCCGCCUCCGGAACUCACAACCGGCCAGUCCCAGCCUCCACUUUGCCAGGGCCCAUCUGUGGACAUUCAAAUGAUGGGCCUGCAAAACCAAGCGCCGGUUCAGCCUCCAGCUGCCAUCACUCCAAUUCCCAGUAAGAUCCAAUAUGAAACUCUUGUUCAUGCUCAAAUGCCAGGCCCCUUGCACCCCCAGAUCCAGCAACAGACUCAAUGCCAUGCACCUAGGCAGAUGCAGGCUCAGGCUAACGCUGGCCCUUUGACCCCUCAGUUUAUCUCUCAGCCUACCCACCAAGCCAUGCAACAGGAUGCGCCUCAUUUUAUUCAACAGCAGCAGCCACAAGAGCAACUUCUGCAGUCUAAUCUGGGGAUUCUGUCUUCUGGCUCCGCCGGAAGCGUCGGAAUCACGACAGAUUGUCUGAAUUCAGCAGGAGGCCCUGUAAACUUUGUUGCCAUUCCUCAUCCUUUGUCGCAAGCUGGCCAAGCUUAUGUUCAAGGCCAAACAAUGCUCCAUCCAGUUAUUCAGGCCCAGCAGCAGCCCCCAGGAGGCACUGCUGAACCGUCAGUCAUUCAACCCGUCGCCCUGCCUCCGAUGCCGCAGUCUACUGUGCAAUACCAACAGAAGCUUUCUCAAGCGCCACAGCCACUCGCUCCACCUCCUGCACAGACCCAGUUACCGGCACAGCCCAUCCAAACCCGCAUCCAGCAGCCUCUUCCUAUAAAGCAGUCGCCGAUAGCCUUUGACGAGGGUCAGCUGCUCUCACAGUGUCCAACCGCCUUCCACCUGAUGACUAAUCGUCCUGCUCAAAUAGCGCCAGGCGCGUCUUCAUCUGUGCAGCACCAAGCCAAGCAGAUGCUGCCUGCUCACACACACUCCCAAACCAGCAUUCAGGAGCAAUCAAACUCCCAAACACAGAAACACACUCAGACACACACCGAGACACCUAUUGCUGAACAGCCUGUGCUACCCCUCGCCGUCUCUUUCGCACAACAAAUGCCCAUCAACCCGUCACAUAACUCAUGUCCCCCGACAUCCCUAGCAUUUCUCCCAUUCCCUUCAUCCCGCCAUCCCAACGCUUCUCCUGCGCCAGAGCUGCCUACUUCUCCUCCAGCGGCCCAGGUAACCUUACCCGGGCAGGCCGCCUUUAUACCCGCCUCCCCUCCACCUGUCACUGCUCUACAACCGCUUGACUCUAACGCCCCCAAACUGCCCCAAGCCUCGCUGCAAGACUGUGACCUUUCGCUGCUGGGCAUUGCUCAGGAUGGUCCGUACCUCUCAAGUACAGAAUGCCAUUCUUCAUCAGGGUCUGUUCCAGCUAAUGUAGAAGAAACAUUUCAGCUCUUAGCCAACGGGAAGUUUGAGAAAUUAAAGACUCAAAGGAGAACUUCCUGUCAGAGGUCUGAGAAAGUUUCACAUCAGUUUCAACUGACCAUGCUCGAGGUGUCAGGCAGUGGGGACAAUAUGGUGGAAUGCCAGUUGGAAACCCAUACCAACAAGAUGGUGACAUUUAAGUUUGACAUUGAAGGGGACGCACCAGAGGACAUAGCUGACUACAUGGUGGAGCAGGACUUUGUCCUUGAUGUAGAGACGGAGAAAUUUGUUGAAGAGCUUAGAGCCAUAGUUAAGCAAGCUCACGAAAUUCUUCAAACACAUUCGCAGACUGGAUCAACCGACCAGUUGCAUGUGAGCACUCCCACUAGCUCUUCAGUGGACUCAGCGACCCAUUCUUCACCAGUGGGACGCUGGCGCUUCUUCAUUAACCAGACCAUCCGACAAAGAGACUCUCUAUCAGGUCAGGGAGCCGGCACACCACCACCCUGCGUGGAGAUGAGAAUACCUGAGUCUCCUAAAGCAGAGAGAGAAAGUGAAGGAUCCCAGAGUCUGGAGUCCCCGACGGAAAUGGUCUUUAACCCCUGUCCCACCGUUUCUGCCACCUCCCCUCCAAUCUCCAUUGUCUUACCCCCUAAACCCAUGGUCCCCUCAGCCACUGCUGCCCCAAGUCCUCAAAACACUUUAUCUGAAAGCAUGUCGGCACCAGCCUCCACCCUCGAGGCCUCUGUCCCUUCCACUGCUUCAGGUGGUCUUGAACUGCCGGUCCUCCCCUCAGCUCCUGUGGACCAAAUUCACACUGUUCCCUCAUCAAUAACAAUACCCGACGCUGCUAACUGCCCCACUUUGUCCACCUUGUCCACUGCUCCUACUGUUGUGUUUCCUACACCCCCCACCAUUAUCCCUGAUGUCCUCUCUCCUCCCGGAAGCAGUAGUUGCUCCACUUUAGGUCAAAGUGUAGGGGAUACAGUAAUACCUGCUCCAAAGUCGUCAUCCUCCUUUCAUCCCACUCCUCCUGCUCCUGCAGUGACCUCUACUCAGCUGCAGCAGGAACGGGCCCUGCAACAGUCUCUCCAGCAUUUACAACCCCAGCAACCGAUGCAACCGCCAAUGCCACUUCAACAACAGAUGCCUGAGAUGCAGGUGUUUCCUCAGACAGGUCAUGCAGAGUUGUCACAACAGUCGGCGCCUCUUCAACAGUUUCUGCCACCAAUGUCCCUCCAGCAGCCCCCACAAGAUCUUUUUCAAGAGCAGACAGCGCAGCAUUCCCCGCAGAUACAACAGCCUGCGUUGCCGCAGCAGGUUCUGGCACCGCAAGCUGCCGUGGUUCCUCAGCAGCAGGCCCACAUUGAUCACCAGCAGCAGCAACAGUUACAUUUGCAACAGAAUAUACACUUACAGCAGCUCCAGCAGCAGCAGCAGCAGAUGUUGAUGGGUGCUGUGGCUUUAACCACAGAUCAAAGCCAAAUGCUGCCUCUGUCAAUUAGCCAACAGUUUCUUCAACAACAGGCACAGCUAAGUGGCAGCUCUUUAGCACAACCGCAGAUUCCACAACAAACCCCCCAGAUCGCUGCCGAGCUGCUACACCAACACGUGCAGUCACUGCAACACACCGAGCAGCAACAAGAGAUGGCCAAAGGGACGGACACGCCCCAGAAACCGCCGCAGUUUCUGCAGCAGAAGCAGUCCUCUUUACAGAUAUCUGAGUCAGAGGUGUCCACGGGAGAGACAUGUUUCACAGAUGACACCUGCAGCUACUCCACCCCCUUCCAUCCUUCCUCUGACUCCUCUGUGCCGCCUCUCCAUCUUGGCACCUCUGAAGCCCCCGUACCGACUCUCUCCCUCGCAAUGACACCAUCCCCUGCUCAGCCGUCCUCUGUGGCCGAGUCAGACAGCGAAGGCCCCCCAAAAAUUGAAUAUGUGGAUAACCGCAUUAAGACUCUGGAUGAGAAGCUGAGGAACUUGUUGUACCAGGAGUACAGCAGCGGGGCCGGCCUGUGCGCCUCGGGCCCUACAUCAGCCACCUCCACAUCAGCAGGAGGAGACGAGUCGUGUGAGCCGCAGUCGCUCCGCCACCUGUCUUUGACCCUACCUCCCUCCUCCUCCGAUACUUCCCCUCAGUCAUCCUCCUCUUCCUCCCCCACCACCUCCCGCUCCUCCUCUACCUCCCCUGACCCAGAGAGAGAUGGCGCAGGAAGGGAGGCUUCCUCAGAAUUACCCAACUUUGCGGAGAUGGAGCCUGUGGAGCAACAGCCUUGCCCAUCUCUCCCCUCCAACUCUGCCUCGUCCACCCCGCCCGCCUCUCUCCUGCCUCCCAAUCACGAUGAAUUUGGUCGGCCCCAGCGUCCACCGGUACCAGGAGAACCAACCAUUCUUGCUGUACCCCCACACUCUGACACCAGUACCACUGGAGACGCAACGUGGCCCCACAAUCAGCACCCAAUCCCCCUCCGGCAUGGACACCAGAAGCACAAUGCAGGAGGUGGAUAUUUUGGCCUAAACCUGACAUGUCCUAGUAUCAGAAAUCCUGUUAGCAAGAAAUCCUGGACUCGCAAAUUCAAAAACUGGGCAUGCAAACUGCGCCACUCCGCCAGCUUGUUCAAGAAGCCCAGAGUCCAGAAAGAAGGAAGUUCCAGCAGUCAGACUCUUAGAGAGGAGAUGGAGGCACCACCGCCAAACCCACCUCAUUCACGCCAAGGACGAUUUCAGGUGACUCCGGUGCUCCAGUCCUCUCCCCCGAAGGCUGCGCCAUCAGGCCCCGGAAGCACUCACAGGAAAGUGGGCCGCUUCUCUGUGACCCAGGCUGAGACUAAGAAGGAGCACAGGCAGCCCAACAGCUCCCCGCUGUCUCCUGAUCUGGUGAGGGAGAGGAGGAGAUCCCGGGCAAAGGACGCAGAGAAGGAGGAAAGUAAGAGGACCCCAGCGAUGGCUCACCUGCCUCGAGGUCAUGGACACAGCCACUCACCCCUGGACAGCAGCGACGAUGAUGAUGAUGAGUGUGAGCUGGAGGAUGAAGACCUGAGGAAAGAACUUCACAGGCUCAGAGAGAAGCACAUCAAAGAGGUGGUAUCCCUUCAGUCCCAGCAGAACAGUGAGCUGCAGGAGCUCUACAGACAGCUUCGUUCCCUCAAAGAUCAACGGCAGAGUCUGCCCAUCUCUCUGUCCCGCUCAACUCCUCUUCCCACGGGACCUCCUGUCCUUUCUCCCCGAAGGCCCAGGCCCGCCAAAAUCAGGCUCCGGCCGCGGCCCCACUCUCACAUGGAUAACAACGGAGUUACAUACUCUGGGAUCCAGCAGUCGAGUUUCUCUGGUGGUGAACAGAGGAUACUGCCUCUCUGUUGCAACCCAGAGCACUGCCCUUCACUGCCUGCUAAAAGAGAUCACAGUCCUCUUCAACAAAGCACAUUUACAGAUGAACUGCACAAACUCGUUGAUAAUUGGACGAAGGAAACUGUGGACCCUGCACCGCCCAAGCCUUCGCUGAAUCAAAUUAAGCAGAUUCAGCAGGUGCAGGAGUUGGGAAGCUGGAGUCAGCAGGCGGAGGUGGCUCCACCAGGUUGGUUUCCAGGGGCGCCCCUGAACCCCCAGGCAGCCCCGACCCCUGCAUGCUUGCCUGUGGCAGCCCCUCCCCAAUACACAGGUGGAGGAAGCUUGUCCACCCUGCACUCUCCGGGACCGCCACUGCAAACGCACAUGGCUCAAGUUCCGCAGCCAAGUUUACACCUCCAACAGUCUAUCCCCCUCCAGCAGCUGACCUAUCAGCAGCCCCCACUCAGCCAGCAGAUAACGCAGCCCCGGCUGCAAGCCCCCACAGAGCCCCGAUCCCUAUCACAGACACGACCCGUCACCCAACCGCCCCAUUCGCCACCUCAAGGCCAACCGCUGCUGCCUUCCCAAAUGCCCACACCUCCGGUGUCCAUGGUGGCGUCUCUGCUGCCUGGCACAGCUGCAGCUAAAGAUAGCACCGCUGCUACUGGGGGGGCAUUUUGUCCCUGUUCCGCAACCUCUUCAACCUCUUCCUCCUCUUGCUCUACUGCUGCUCUACCUUCCAGUGCCAAAAUUCACCCCAAAACUCCCAGCUCUUCUCUUUCUCUUGGACAGAAGUGAAAACCAAGAUGAGGGAGUGAGGUCAAUAGGAAGGUUCAAGAGAUGGAAAUACUGAGUGGAUCAGGGUGUAAAGGAGAUCCCUUCGGAGUGCUUGUUCUGCGUCUGCGUGAGAGAGUUGACACUGCAAUAAAUAUAUGGAUUCCAGUGUAUGUUUUGGAUGCGAUGGGGAGUGAAUGGGAGACAUGGUAGGUUAUAGUAUGUACAGACAGAGGGGUCACAUGCAACACAGCGGGUGGGUUUAUGAAUCAUGCUAUGUUUGGGUGUUGAGAUGUACAAAUUCUUAUAUGUAUGAGUGUGUGUGUGUGUGUGUGUGUGUGUGUGUGUGUGUGUGGGUGUGUUUAUGGAGUAUCCGAGUACACAUCCCUUAUGUACUUUCACGGAAAUUAACACGUUUUUGAUUUCAAACCUACUCAGUUAGACCUAAAUUCCUCAUUAGCAGACAUAUACAUUACUAAAUAUUUUAAAUGUUUCAUCGGCCAAUGCUUUCAGUCAGACUAUCAAUUUUAAAAGUGCAAUUAGUAGUGGUAACCUAAAAUGAAUCAACGUGUUGUAUGAAUUUGUCUGUCAGGUCUCAAUUAUUUUUGUAGAAGCCCAUUGAUGAGAACCAGAGAAACAUAAAACUGAAACCCUACAGCACAAGGCAUUUAAUGGGCAAUGAAAAAAAGAAUAAUGUAACAUGCUGAGUGAUGCGAUAUAAGUUGAUAUAAAUUAAUGAUAUAAUGGUAAAUUAAAAUAUGCCACAUGUGUACACUCAGCCCAAGACUGUAUGACCUUACUUGACCUGCCAGACUGCGAUCUGCUUGCACCUGCUGCAUAUUCAGGAAACUCACAUCUACUUUUUGCAGCCCACUAAGAUAAUUCAUUAUUAGUCAAUUUGCUUUAGGUUCAUUUUACAUUUUUUGCUUUCAGUAUAUGCUCUGCAUAUCCAAAUAUAUCACAGUUUCAUUCCGAGGAAGAAGAGGAGAAAGAAAAAUAAUUGUCUAGAGAGAUCACAUGAGUUGUACCCAUUUUGCCUUUUCAAAUGAUGUCAUUUUUUUAGGUGUAUAUUGCUUCUGUGUGACAAAGCCUUGUGAUGGUCAAAUAGCCAUGUUCCAUGAUAAAUUGCACCCCUUUUUCUUUCAUUCAGUGAAACCACCGUACCCAACCUAAAAUGUUUAUCCUCCAUAUGUUUCGGGCUUGUUUCCUGAAGACACACAAGUUAUCACAUGUCAGAACAUGUGUCAGCUUGAUGUCCAACAAGGUUGUCAGAUCCUCACUUGCCUUUUAGCCAACUUUUUUUGGCUAAUUGUGCUUUAUGCACACUGCAAAAGGUCUACUCAAGUCAGAAAUAACCAGUUCCCCUAUUUUUAUUUGCUGUACAUUUUAUUGGGUUAACAGUGCAAUGAGCCAAAGACACAUUUGGUCAACAACAGUCAGGCGUAGGUAAUACACUUUGCUAACGUUAAUACACGUUUUGGCUUAACACGUAGCCUGUAGUCUAAGCAGCAUUUGUGUACUAAUAGAGAGACUGUGUGUGACUGAAAACAGCAGAUUGUUCUGUUUGUUAAAGACUACUAUAUGUCAUUUAAAGACAUUUAAAUUAUAAAUGGUUAAUGAGGAGGAGUUUCUGCUAAAGGGUAAGGUUAUUUAAAAAUGACAUAAGCUAUAAUACAACAAUUAUUUUCUAAAUUUUUCAAGACAAACCUCAUUGUCACAGAGAUUUAGUUCAUUAUUAGUAAAGGUGAUACUCCGUUCUGUCAUGUCUGAUACUAACAUGUUGACUGCAAGCUACAGCUUAAUGAUCAUGAUUUAUGAUGAGGAGCUGGCCGUGUCGUUGAAGUGUUACCAAAAUGUUAUCUAAAAGAUAAAUUAUUUUUGUAUUUUGAAAAGGGGUUGUACAAAUUGUAAAAAUGUGUUCUCAUUAUUAUAAAUCUGAGGUUAUUUGAAACUAGAAAACACUGGUUUUCAUCUGUGUUUACAUGGGACUUCCCCGACUUAAUACACUUCUCUCUCCUGACAGGACAGGGUGACAUAUUAACACUUUCAGGUAAUGUUUGACCUCUUAUUCCAAUUUUGAACCGUGACAACCUAAACGAUACAAAGCAUACAUACAGAAUACUUUGUAUUAGGUUACAGGUUGAAUUUUGCAUUCACAAAUUAAUGCAACACAAAUCUGGGGGGUCCCACAGUGACAUGAAUGAGAACCAAUGAUAAAAGGACAUUUGAGCAGAGUAACUUCUGAAAUUGAAGUAUGUUGCUGGUGAAAUAGCAUCUAUAAAGUGCAACUAAUUCAAUUGUUGAUUUUAUUUAUGUUUUUUAACUAAUCAAAAUAAAUGAUUUAAAACAUCAA